AUGCCCAUCUUGGAACCCAUCCGACCUAUCCGCUGUCAAUCUUCAACUUCCACCGAGAUGAUCUGGGACAUAAUCGUCGUCGGAGGCGGGCUCGCUGGCUCGGUUAUCUCCAACCGGCUUGCAGAGUACCGCCCAGAGCUCAAGAUUCUCGUGGUCGAGGCCGGUGUCAACGCCAACGAACGCCAAGAUAUUGUGUGGCCAAAUUCAACAAACACCAUUGGCGGGGAUUUUGACUGGAAGCUUGCUUCAGUUCCCCAGGCACAUGUCGACAAUCGAUCCGUUACCCUCGCUCAGGGUAAAGCUCUGGGAGGCGGUACUGUGAUUAAUAUGGGAUUGUGGACCCGAGGCGACAAAGUCGACUAUGACCUCUGGGGUGAAACUGUCGGCGACGAUCGCUGGAGUUAUGACGGUCUUUUGCCCUAUAUGAAGAAGACUGAAAACUACUGGAACACAACCAUCAACCCCGACCAGCAUGGCUACGAGGGCCCUGUCAAUAUCCAGUCUAUCACGUCUACUAACCGUCCUUUUCCAUUGCGCGAGAAGGUCCUUCAGUCUUGGCAAGAGAUUGGCAUCGAGCCCAUCUCGCAGCUUGACGGAAACGCUGGAAACCCAAUUGGCGUUGCCGAGUACACCGAAAACAAGAUCAAUGGACGGCGACAAAUUGCAGCUGCCGUUUACUCAUUGGAAAAUGUGACUGUUUUGACGGAGACCGUAGUGGCCAAGGUCCUGUUCUCGAAUUCUACCAGAGGGUUGACGGCGACAGGCAUUCAGCUGGCCAACGGAACUCAGUUGCUGGGCCGCCAGACUAUCCUGUCUGCUGGUGCUGUCCACACACCGCAGCUUCUGAUGCUUUCUGGUAUUGGCCCUCGUGAUGAGCUCGAGGCCCUCGGAAUCGAUGUCAAGCUGGAUGCGCCCGAGGUUGGAAAGAAUUACGCUGACCACUUCCUUUCUCCUUCAUCCUGGAAUGUAAAGAACCCCGAAGAAGGUUGGGCUGUUGGCUCUCCGGCCUUCCCCACUGCUGAACAGUACAGAUGGGGAACUGCAACAGACUUCAUUGUCUGCUCCAGCGUACCCAAAGAGGGCCUCGCCAAGGCCAUCGAAGAGGAUGAGGGUGUUACUCCAGGUCCCGAUCACCCCCUUCUCAAGCAGGAGCGUACAUUCUUUGAACACUUCUUCCUCUACUCUGGCUCGACCGAUGGGUCUAAGCUUUCAAUUUCUGGCAUCUUCAUCUUGCCAAGCUCCCGUGGCUCCAUCAAGCUUGCUUCGGCAAACAUCACCGACUCUCCUCUCAUUGAUCCAAACUACCUCGGCACUGCGGUCGACCGCUACAUCGUCCGGGAGGGUAUCCGUCAAGAAAUUGCUUUUGCCGGCAGUGACGCCACCGUGCUGGGCCGAGAGGUUCUUAACGGCGAGGCUGUCCCGGCAGGAUUCGACGAGCCAUACAGCGUCAACUCAACUGAUGAGUACAUUGAUGCACGAAUUCGCGCUGCUGUUCGGUCUGUCCAUCAUCCCAUGGGAUCAGUCGCAAUGGGCAAGGUCGUGGAUACUGACCUCAAGGUUAAAGGAGCUCAAGGACUGCGGGUCGUUGAUGCUUCGGUUUUCCCAGUCGUGAUCUCUGCACAUCUUCAAGUGGCUACUUUCGCCCUCGCCGAGCAGGCUGCUGAGAUCAUUGCAAAUGAAAAGCCAAAGUGUGGUAGCAGAAGUUUGAGACAUUAG